AUGGCUAACGAGACGCCAAAAGACGUCGAAGCUCUCGGGACUGUCGAAUCAAAACAUGUAGCCGAUUUAGGUAUCACAGACACCCCCACGAUCAAAGACAGCGACUACGAGCACCACAAUGUCGGCACGCUCCAACGACGCCUAAAAUCAAGACAUGUCCAAUUCCUCGCCCUAUCCGGCGCUAUAGGCACCGGCCUCUUCGUUGGUACAGGCCAGACACUUUCCCUCGCAGGGCCUCUCUCAGCAGUACUCGCCUACCUCAUCACUGGAUUUAAUCUCUACGCUGUAAUAAACAGUAUGGGUGAAAUGGCGACUUGGCUUCCAUUACCUGGUGCUGUACCCGUAUACGCAGCGCGAUACGUCGAUCCUGCUUUAGGGUUUACGCUUGGUUGGAAUUAUUGGUAUCAAUUCGCAAUCGGUGUGCCUAUAGAGAUCAGUGCAGCAGCCUUGGUCAUUGAUUACUGGCCGAACAAUGUACCUACUGUCGUCUGGAUUACGAUCUUGUUAGUCGCAGUGAUUGCUAUCAACUUGUUCCCCGUGCGAUACUACGGCGAAAUCGAGUUUGGCUUUGGCACAAUUAAAUUGACUACAAUCUGCGGAUUGAUUUUGCUCAUGCUCAUCAUUACCCUUGGAGGCGCACCGAAUCAUGACCGUAUUGGUUUCAGGUAUUGGAAGAAUCCCGGUCCAAUGCUGGAAUACCUUGAGCCGGGUGCUUUGGGACGAUUUUUAGCCUUCUUCAAAGUUUUCGUCAGUGCCACAUUCGCCUACGGCGGGAGUGAGAUGGUAGUCGUUGCAGCUGGCGAAACCGAAAAUCCACGGCGGAACAUUCCAAAGGCAGUCCGCAGAGUGUUCUGGCGAAUCGCCAUUUUCUAUGUUUUGAGCAUCUUCCUAGUUGGCAUGUGUGUCUCCGCCACCGAUAGCCGUCUCCUAAACGCCAUUAACUCAAGCGCUCCCGGCGUUGGGGCCAGUCCUUUUGUUAUCGCAAUGCAGAAUGGCGGUAUCAAAAUCUUACCAUCAAUCAUUAAUGCGGUGGUGCUUACAUCCGCCUUCUCGGCCGGAAAUUCUUUCUUCUACGCGUCAACUCGGGUGUUGUACUCAACCGCUCUCGAUGGAAAAGCGCCUAGUUUCUUAAAGUACGAGAAAUUCGGAGUUCCGUAUGCCUGCGUAGGCAUCACGACACUGCUCAGUCUACUUGUGUAUUUGAAUGUAAACUCGAGUGCAUCCGACGUCUUCUUCUGGAUCAGCAAUAUCAGCUCUGUCAGUACGCUGAUUGUCUGGACAUCCGUUUCCAUCACGUAUAUCCGCUUUCACAAGGGCAUGAAACAUCAAGGCAUUGCGCGGUCUUCACUUCCCUUCCGAGCCCCAUUCCAGCCUUAUCUUGCGUGGUUCUCGUGUCUAUUUUCUGCGACAGUGGCAUUUUUCAACGGCUUUGACUGUUUUUUUCCCGGCAAAUUUAGUGCGAAAUCAUUCGUUCCGCCGUACAUAGAUAUUCCCAUAUUUGCAGCAUUAUUCUUCGGGUAUAAAAUCUACUACAGGACAAGUUUUGUCAAGUUGGAUGAGAUGGAUUUCUUUUCUGGAAAAGAGGAAGCGGAUCGCUUGGAGGAUACAUGGGAGGAAGUCAAACCGAGAAAUAUUUUCCGUAAGUCGAUUGUCUAA